AUGGUGAAAAUCUUGAAGUGUAAGGAUAUAAAAAAUCGUGUUUGUAAAAAACAAAAGCGCUUGCUGCGAACCCCUAAAUGUGCCCGGUGCCGAAACCACGGCGUCAUAUCUUGCUUGAAAGGACACAAAAAACUGUGCCGCUGGCGCGAUUGUCGUUGCCCAAAUUGCCAAUUGGUCGUAGAAAGACAACGAGUUAUGGCCGCACAGGUCGCACUAAGAAGACAACAGUCAUCGGAGGAACAGAAUGGAAGUCACCAGGAUCCGGUAUCGCGUGCCCAAUCGUUGGAAGCCCUUCUGGCGCAGAAAAGACUUUAUCAAAAACAUUUGCGUUCUUUGCAACAGUCUACGCUGACCAGAGAAAUUUUACAAGGGUGCCGUAGAUUUCAAAUAUGUCGCGGUCCCCCUUUAUCGGAUCGUUUGCGCAAGAGGCGCGCUUUCGCUGACAGCGAACUGGACAGAGCCGGCGAGGCGCAGUGCCCCACAUUGCCUUGUGCUCCGAUGGUUUGCAAUCCGGGACCAGAGUAUGCGAUCAGGACCAUCAGGGAGAGAUUAAUGCAGUACGCAGUACAGCCACAACAAGAUACAGUAAACACCACACAGAAUGUCUCUCAAAGGUUGUUAAAGUGUUACAGAAUACAAGCUACGGAUUUCUUCAACCAGCAGCCCUUACCAACUCCUACUGGCGAAGAAAUUUGGACAACAAAUUACCCACAACAUCUGUUAUAUUCUGAUAUGAGAAACAUAUAUUCAAACUCCAUUUCAAACCAUGAUCAGCUGCUUAGCUCAAGAAAUCACCUAAAAGCUAAUUCUGAUUAUGAAGAACCAGAGAAUAUGCUUAAUUGUGCUCAAAAUAAAAAUAUAAACGCGCCAUUUAAUAUGAUAAAUAGCGAAGACGUUUUUAUAGAUCGCACUCAUUUUGUGCAAACUCAAAAUUAUGAUGCUACAAUAUUAGAUAAUACUCUGAAUGGUACAAAAAUUAAACGAAGUAUUAGUCCUGUUGAAUCUAGCGUGAAUCGGUUAAAUUCAAUGGAAAUUAGUUCUGAUGAUAUUAUUUUGAAAAAUGAGAGAACUCCAAGUUUACCCUCCUCCGAUGUAACAGUUUCCAAAAAGCCAAAAAUAUCAUUUUCAAUAGAUUCAAUAAUAGGUGUCAAAUAA